UCACUGAAAUAGUUUGAGAAAUGUAAACCUUAUAGCGCCUUUUAUUCUUGAAAACGGAAGGUUCCCCGUUUACUUGCAUUUGUUUGGAGGCCAGUCGUCACCGUCCAAUUAUGGCGGCGACGUUGACGUACCACAGGAACGAGGCGAAGCGGCCAAAACGGCAUCUACAUUUACAUAUCUGAGUGCACCAAGACCACCAUGCUAGUCCAGUGACAGAGAUGCUCACAUCUCAGCGGUCAGCGGCAGCAAGUCCUCCUACGACACCUCCGGGACUGUUGGCCACCACAGGCCUCACUCACGCUGAUGGUAAACCAAGACUGUUUACUACCAGCCCGUCUGCAUGAACGUAAAAGGCGUAAGAGUGCAUAACAUUUGAAUUAAGACCGAGACAGAUGCUGCAUGUUAAUGGGUGGCCAUUUGAACGUUUGACACUAAACACCACGGAGCCUUACUUCUCAAAGGGAAGGAGAGCCCAGUGAUCAGACAUUAUCCCGAAACUUCAACUUUGACACUUCUCACUUACUUCAACGCACGGGAUAGAAGAACUGACGAGUGCAGACAGAGAGAGGACGGUGAAUGAGGACCUUGCUGCAGAGAAGAAACUGAACAACUGUGACUUUUUUGUGACAGGCUCCGGUAUCACAGCUGAUGACUGUCCCUCAAGUGGCUGAACUGCAGUGCUGAGUGGGAAGCCUGUGUGUUUGCUGAGGGCCUGCCCUAGCUUGUAUGUUGGUCACUUACAGUUGUACUUGCUCGCAAGGACCAUGUGGUUUUCUCCAAGGAGAAGUCGUCUCCCCUCACAAAACUGUCACGGUGCCCCCAUUUGCACCAAUUUUCCUGUGUCCUUGUGGGUAUUAAGUGUUUGUUGGUGCUUUGCGGCCGUGAGAGGUCAGAACUACCACCCAACUGUGAACACGCAGUAUGGGAAACUCCGAGGGGUGAGGGUGCCUCUCCCCAGUGAGAUUCUGGGGCCAGUGGAUCAGUAUCUUGGGGUUCCCUAUGCCGCCUCUCCAGUGGGAGAAAAACGCUUCAUGCCUCCGGAGCCACCUUCGUCCUGGUCGGGCAUCAAGAACGCCACUCACUUUGCUCCUGUCUGCCCCCAAAAUAUUCACAACGCUGUGCCAGAGAUCAUGAUGCCGAUAUGGUUCACCUUCAACCUGGAUAUAGUUACUACAUAUAUACAGGAUCAACACGAGGAUUGUCUUUAUUUAAACAUCUAUGUUCCCACUGAGGAUGUCAAAAGAAUAUCCAAGGAAUGUGCCAGGAAACCCAACAAGAAAAUGUGUAGAAAAGGAGGGGCCCAUGCAAAAAAACAGGGCGAGGAUUUAUCGGAUAACGACGGUGAUGAAGAUGAAGACAUACGAGAUACUGGAGCCAAGCCAGUGAUGGUGUACAUCCACGGAGGAUCCUACAUGGAGGGGACGGGCAACAUGAUCGAUGGGAGCGUCCUGGCCAGCUAUGGAAAUGUCAUCGUUAUCACUCUCAACUACCGCGUUGGAGUCCUCGGCUUUCUCAGUACGGGUGACCAGGCUGCCAAAGGUAACUACGGGCUCCUGGACCAGAUCCAGGCUUUAAGGUGGAUCAGCGAGAACAUCGGCUUCUUCGGAGGAGAUUCCAACCGCAUCACUGUGUUCGGUUCUGGGAUUGGAGCUUCCUGCGUCAGCCUGCUCACCCUCUCCCACCAUUCUGAAGGUCUUUUCCACAGAGCCAUCAUUCAGAGCGGGUCAGCCCUCUCCAGCUGGGCGGUGAACUACCAGCCGGUCAAGUAUACACGUCUCCUGGCAGAGAAGGUGGGCUGUAAUGUCCUGGACACCUUAGACAUGGUGGACUGUCUGAGGAAGAAGAGCUCCAGGGAGCUGGUGGAGCAGGACAUACAACCAGCGAGGUACCACGUGGCCUUUGGACCUGUAAUUGAUGGUGAUGUCAUCCCUGAUGACCCUGAGAUCCUCAUGGAACAGGGUGAGUUCCUAAAUUACGACAUCAUGCUGGGGGUCAACCAGGGUGAAGGGCUGCGGUUUGUGGAGAACGUGGUGGAUUCAGAGGAUGGUGUGUCUGGAAACGACUUUGACUUCUCCGUGUCAGACUUUGUGGACAGUCUGUACGGGUAUCCGGAAGGAAAGGACACACUGAGGGAGACCAUUAAGUUCAUGUACACGGACUGGGCAGACAGAGACAAUCCAGAGACCAGGCGAAAGACGCUGGUGGCUCUCUUCACCGACCACCAGUGGGUGGAGCCAUCAGUGGUGACGGCUGAUCUCCAUGCUCGCUAUGGCUCACCCACCUACUUCUACGCGUUCUACCACCACUGCCAGAGCCUGAUGAAGCCAGCCUGGUCAGACGCCGCCCAUGGGGAUGAGGUGCCCUAUGUUUUUGGAAUUCCUAUGAUUGGUCCUACUGACCUUUUCCCAUGUAACUUCUCAAAGAACGAUGUCAUGCUCAGUGCUGUGGUCAUGACCUAUUGGACCAACUUUGCCAAGACUGGCGAUCCCAACAAACCUGUUCCCCAAGACACCAAGUUCAUCCACACCAAGGCCAACCGCUUUGAAGAGGUGGCCUGGUCCAAGUACAACCCCCAGGACCAGUUGUACCUGCAUAUCGGCCUGAAGCCACGUGUGCGCGACCACUAUCGUGCCACCAAAGUGGCCUUCUGGAAACACCUAGUGCCCCACCUGUACAACCUCCACGACAUGUUCCACUACACCUCCACCACCACCAAAGUGCCCCCACCAGAGACCACACAGAACACCUUGUCCACCAAGAGGCCCAACGGCAAAACCUCCUGGCCGUUCAACACCAAGCGGCCUCCCAUGUCCCCAGCUUACAACAGUGAGGACAAAGACUCUUGGAGUGACGACGAGGAGACAGGGCCGCUGGUGGUGGAGAACCCUAGGGAUUACUCCACAGAGCUCAGUGUCACUAUCGCUGUCGGAGCCUCAUUGCUGUUCCUCAAUGUGCUGGCUUUCGCAGCCCUCUACUACCGCAAGGACAAGCGGCGACAAGACUCCGGCCACGGGCAGCCCAGCCCGCAGCGGCAGACCACCUCCAAUGACAUUGGCCACCACGCGCCUGAGGAGGAGAUCAUGUCGCUGCAGAUGAACCAGACGCACCAUGAGUGCGAGGCGGGGAACAGCAACGAGGGGGCACUGCGCUUGGCCUCGCUUCCUGACUACACGCUCACUCUGCGACGCUCUCCAGAUGACAUUCCCCUCAUGACCCCAAACACCAUUACCAUGAUCCCCAAUUCCCUGGUGGGCAUGCCCAACCUGCACCCCUACAACACUUUCACAACCGGCUUCAACUCCACUGGCCUGCCGCACUCCCACUCAACCACCCGCGUAUAGCUUUAAGGAGGCCAGGGGCAGCCAGCGCAGGCGGGGGUGGAGGAGGCGGCCGUGGUGGUGGAUGAAGGAGGAGGAGGAGCAGCAGCAGGAUGAACGAACGGAGGAGAGGAUUGUGUUUUAUAAAUAUCACAGGGAGGGGGAGGGCAACAAGGGGGAGGGGAGGGGAAGGGCAUGAGUGGGAUUAAAACGUGAAGAGAUUUAACUAGACUUUUACUAUGAGGAGAGUUGCUGAGAGCUCUCUAUGGAUGUCAAGUUGUGCAGAGCUGCCAAAAUCAAACUGCUUCCUUUCUCCUGACCUGGGGAAAGGCUCUUUCUGCAGUGUUUUUUUCUAAAAUAAUCAUUUUAAAAGCCUUUUUAAGCAGACUGAGCAGAUAUCAACACUUUUUUCUUGAAUUCAUAACAAAAACAAAGAGAAGUGCUUUUUAUUUCCCCAUCCCUUCCUCCUGCGGGAGACACAUCUCGAACAAUAGCCUCUACGUCAAUAUUCGCAAAAUGUUUUUAAUUGCUUCUUCGUUUUGUUUUACGUUUCAAUGCCUUACGAAGCUUGUUCUUUUUUUGUCAUAAUUUCUAUUCCCUGAGACUAUUCCAAGUGGAGUGUGUUACCAGACGAUGAGACUCAAAGAUGAGAGACUGAAUCCAGGAUGGGAACCAAGAGGAUAUGCAGAUGUAGAUUUUAAACCCAUUUUGGGCAACUCAUUUUUUUUCUUUCUGUUGCAUUCCAACACAACAGCCACACAAAUGGUGUUAUCUUUUAUUUUUUUUUAUCUCGUAUAGAAAUAAUUUGUCUGGAACAGCUCUUGCCCAGAGAUGAGAAGGCAGAGAUAAAUGCUAUGUUACUGUGAUUGUUUUGUUAAGAAAAAAGUGCAUCUUUUACAGCCAAUUUAUCUGUUAAGCUAUCUGAUAUUAUCUCCACAAAGUGUGCACGUACACAUGCUGCUUAGAGCACUUGUGUGUUUGUGUGCAUGUGAUAAUGAUUUGUCAUUUCCUGCGUGCAAGCGUGGAUCAGACGCUGAGCGAAGACAGAGACAUUGUCGGAACUUGCAAAUGCAAGAGCGGUGAGUGAGUGAAUGAGUGCGUAUGUUUGAGUGUGUGUGUGUGUGUGUGUGUGUGUCCGUGCACCUGUUUUUUUGUUUGUAGGUUGUAUAAUGUGGUUUUCAGGGGGGUGAAGGCUGAGUACUUUCUCAUGUUAGUAAUUUUGGUUCACCACCAGUAGUGUUUCUGCUACGUCUCUGGGUGUCUGUCUUUGCGAAAUAGCACUUUUGUUAUUUUCAAAGUUAUAAAGUUAUAUGUCUAAUUUUGCUUAAAGAUUACAAAAUAAAUCUAUUAUUUUAUGUGUAAGAGAAAAAAAAAUAGCUAAAGAUUCAACUGAACUAACUGACAUGAUUCCAUUGACUUUGUAAGAGUUUCUCUUCAAGAGCAGACAGUGGCCUGUUUGCACUGAAUAAAUUCAGUGCACACUUGUAUUUCUUUGAAUAUAUAUAUAAAUAUGGGCAUACAUACAUAUAUGUAUAGGGCUUCUAUGGAGAUAUCACUCCCACUUAAAAAAUAAACAGAAUACUGUUCAGACUUCAGCACCAACACGAAUAAUUCCUAUGUAUUGAUGUUUAAACAUCAUAAGCCAAGACCGCUCUAGGUGUCUUUGUAAGAGCUCUAUAUGUAUAUUUAUGUAUAAAAUAUUUAAUAUUUAUUUAUGUAUACCAGAUGCAUACAUGCUGAUUGUGCCAUGUGCCAAAUUAAAACAGUAAAAAAAGAAGAAUAUAAAGUUUCACAAAACUUUUUUUUUUUUUUUCUUGCUUGAUCAAAGUUCUUUUCCUCCCUUUUAGGACUUUUUAUUAUUUCCAUUUUGAAUGAGUUAAAAAAGGAAUAUUCUUGCAGCAAGUGCAAGUCUCCCCCCAGGACUUCCUCUCUACCUCCUUCUUCCUGUCUCCCCUCCUCCUCCUCCCUCGCUCCUUUUCUCUCGCUCAAACCUUUGAGAAAAACAGGCUAACAGCUUGGGGCCUAUCUGCGUGCAUAACUCCAGAUUUUACUGUAAUUCAUGCAAAGUAGUGUUGCAGCAAUGGGAGAUUGUGAAAAGAUGGCCUUGAUGUACUCAUAUUGCAUCCUAUUAUAUGUUAUUCUCGCAGAGAAAACUGGAGUUAUUGAUUCUGCGAGUAAAACUGACAAUUUUCAUUAAGUAUCUUGGCAUAGCACAGAUUGUCUCCUUCGUUACAGCAAAGUACAGUAAUGCAAUCUGACCAGUGACCCCAGAUCAGUGUUGCAGUUCUUACUUCAUGCACACAGAACUCAACAUUUUUAUGAAGUAUUCCAUUAUAGCUUCCCCUGGUAUUUAAUGAUUGGAGACGCAGCCGAGCGAGAAGCACAGUCUGGUCAGCUCAUCACCGAUGCUGCCAGUAGCAGAAAGAGAGAAGGGGUUAUUUGAGGGAAAUUGCUCAGAGACUGAUCUAUAUGAGUCAUUUUGUUUUUGCUCCUUCUGCCUUAUAUGGAGCUCACCUCCUAAUCAGCCACCGUCUUCAACUGAAACACAGCCGCUAAGAAACAAGUCACUGGAUUCUACCUGGAGUUGUCUAAUACAUGCAGCAACCUAUCAUAGUGGCACUGUUCAGCAGCAAUAAAAUUACUUUUUGGCAUGGUAUGGGCGAUUUUGAGGAGAAAAAUAUAUUUUUUUAAUACUCCUGCCUGCUAAAUUGGUGUGAACCAUUCUUCCUUGAAUAUGUCCUUAAAUAUUUGAUUCACCCAAAUUACUUAGAUGUUAUUUCUUCAGUAGAAAGUAAUUAAAUAAAAGCUGUUCACAGCAAAGUCUGUGGAUAAUUGAAAGUAACAGGGACAUUCUUUUCAAAAAAACACUCCACUUUAAUCAGUGUUUUUACACUAACAAUGGUCCAUAUCGUUAUUUGUGUGUGUGAAAGCAGUUUCACUCCUGUUGGGAUGAACACUUAGAUAGUGACCACCCAACUCACAACACUCCAAACCCCUCUGUUCUGCAGCGCUGCAGACCUGAGGAGGACUGAAUCGGGAAGCUCAUUGUUUUGGUUUAUGACUCGCAGCUUUACUUUGACUUAGGCAGAAAUCCUAAUCCACUGAGCAGGUGCCAUACAAUCAGGAGACGGAAGAAAUUAGUGACUAGCUUUUGAACAGAAUAAAACAUUUAAUAUUUAUGAAAGGAUUGAAAAUCGGACAUACAUUACAUUAAUCAGAUAGCCAGCCAACACACAAAUGUUGGUGUGUAAAUAAAUGUAUGCCAC